GAAGGCCUCGCCGCCAACUCCACCGAUCCCAGCACAGCCCACACAUACAACGAAUCCUUCAAAGCCAAGAAGAACUACCCAACUUUUCAAACAAACUACUCACCAUGCUGCUUCCAUCCAUCACCCGUCAAUCAGCCACCCUCGCCAACAGAACCCUCGGCUCUGUAUCACUUCGAGGUAGCCCGAGAUUCCUGAGUGUAUCUCGCAUUGCACAGGGUGAUGAUCAUCAUGAUGCCCGACCACCAAUCAUGCAAGGCCCGGGUGCGAAACCCGGAACUGUCCCAACCGACUUGGAGCAAUCCACUGGGAUCGAACGAUACGAAAUCCUUUCACGUAUGGAAGGCCAUGACCCUUUCGAUCGCAAGCCUCUCGCCGUCAAUCACAUGGGUACCCUCGACAACCCUGUCAAGGUUUUUUCACUCGAACGAACUCGUAUUGUUGGCUGUACUGGCUUCCCAGUCGAUUCACACGACACCUUAUACAUGAAGGUCUCAUCCUCUCGACCACGAAGAUGUUCUGAGUGUGGCUGUGCCUACGUCGUCGACUUCCAGGGUGACCCACAUGAACACGGAAAUGAAGAACCCAAGUUGUCGGUUCUUCAUGAACAUCCUGGAGAAAAACCUCGUCUGAAGUGGGGCUGGGGUGACAUGACGACUCAUAAUGGUGGAAAUCAACGCUGAGAGGGUGCGCUACUUCAAUGUAUUUUGUACUUAAUGGCCAUGAGCCCCUUACAAGCAAGUUGUCGCCUCAGCAUAUUUUCAAGCAUCUGGAUUGAAGCUCUUGAGCCUGCUGGAUAACGUUCCAGUGCAGAUCUUAAUGAACUAGCACUUGAUGAGCUUCGUCACAGAUCAGACUCGUAGUUUUCGUCUUUCUGAAAAGCAAAGUCGCAGUCCGUCCAGUGUCCUGCAUGUCAUUUUGAAUGCCUGUGUAGCCCAAGUCUUCAACUCGGCAGUCCAAACUCUAAUUCAAAUGACAAUCCAAUGCCACAUG